AUGCAGAAAGUGAAAGAAAAACAAUUGUGCUUUAAUUGUUUAAGAAAACACCGGGUCAUAAACUGCACGUCACAAAGAAGAUGUCUGGUCUGUAAAAAGAAACAUCAUACUAGCAUAUGUAACAACAAGAGUAAAGAACACAACAGUGGCGGGAAUGUUCCGGAUGUACAGCCAUCAAAACCGGAAACGGCAGUUCUACAUUCAUCUACCCAAGAAACUUCCCAUGGUGUUUUACUGAAAACAGCCAUUAGCAAGGUGACUUCCGGUAACAUAACAAGGGAUACUCAUAUCCUGUUUGACGAAGGAGCACAGAAGUCAUUUAUCACCGAGACGCUAGCACAAGAAUUGCAACUAUCCACAUCCGGUACAGAAACCUUACACUUAGCAACGUUUGGUAACCAAGAACAACAACUAAAACAUGUUGAUUCCGCAACGGUGUACCUCAUUACAAACCAGAAAAAGAGAAUACCGAUCAAUGUAUUAAUAGUGCCUACUAUAUCAGUACCUAUUAGUACCAGUCUACACAACACAGCGUCCCAUUUACCUUACCUGAGAGGACUGAACCUGGCACAUCCGGUUAGCGGCGAUGAGGUAUUUACAAUUUCUCUGCUGAUAGGAGCUGACCAUUACUGGGACGUCAUUGAAGAUCAUAUUAUACGCGGAUGUGGACCAACUGCAGUGAAGUCCAAGAUCGGAUAUCUUUUGUCGGGACCUGUGAAUGCAUACUGCAACAAUACUACUAGUAAGAUGAACCACAUAUUUAACGUUAUGACCACACGUGCACGAGAUGAAAACGCUAUAGAACGUUUCUGGUCGCUCGAGAGCAUAGGUAUCACUCCGUGCAAAGACGAGCAUGAGAAGACGGAUUACUUGGUGCAGUAUCAGCAGACGUCAAUUGAAUUUACAGACGAUAAGUACACUGCAGCCCUUCCAUGGAAAUUAGACCACGACCCACUUCCAACAAAUUACAACAUCACAAAGAAAAGAACUGAGAGCACGAUUCGCAGACUUAGCCAGGAACCUGAUAUGCUAAAGAAAUAUGGUGAAAUUAUAUCAGAGCAAGAGAGACGGGGAUUUAUAGAAAAGAUUAACGAUGUUGCACAAACUUCAAAUGCAGUCCACUAUAUUCCCCACCACCCUGUGCGAAAGGAAUCAUCUACCACUCCUAUUCGUAUCGUGUAUGACUGUAGUUGUAAACAGUCAUCUAGUCAACCUAGCCUGAACGACUGCCUGGAGUCUACAGCACCUGUGCUGAAUGAAUUAACGUCUAUAUUGAUGCGAUUUCGAUUGAAAAAGUACGCUGUAACCACUGACAUAGAAAAAGCUUUCCUACAUGUGGGACUACAAGAAAAAGACAGGGAUGUUACCCGGUUUUUGUGGCUCACUGAUCCUAGUGAUCCUAAAUCUCAACUUUGCACAUACCGAUUCAAAGCAGUGUUGUUCGGCGCGACGUGCUCACCGUUCAUUCUUAACGCCACUAUUCUCAAACACCUGGAAUUGAACAAAACAAACAAAGCAGCCGAGAUUAUAAAGAGAGAUUUAUAUGUUGACAAUAUACUCUCUAGUUUUGAAGAAAAAAGAGAUCUACUCACCUAUUUCCGUGAUGCACGUGAUCUGAUGAAAUGUGCCAGUAUGAACUUAAGAUCGUGGUCUUCUAACAACUCCGAACUAAAAGCUAUCGCCACACGAGAAGGAGUCAUAGAUAGAGAUGAAGUAACCAAGGUACUAGGUAUGUGCUGGAAACCGGAAACAGAUUCCAUGGCAUACAGACAUCACAAGAUACCAAAGUUAGACUCUGUAACCAAGAGGGACAUUCUAAGAUAUUCAUCACGAAUUUAUGAUCCACUAGGUCUGUUAAGCCCGGUAACAGUAAGGGCAAAAUUACUUCUUCAGCAAUUAUGGAAAGAUAAGUUUGAUUGGGAUGUACCGUUACCACUAGAGGUGCAAGAUAAAUGGAACAAGCUGGCUGAAGAUCUGAACACAGUUACAGAUACAGAGUUUUCCAGACAGUACAUACGGCAGUCAAAGCAUAAACAGACCAUAAAUAAUUCAAGAACAAAAAGUACUCUCCAUGUAUUUGUCGAUUCCAGUCUCAAAUCAUAUGGAGCAGCAGUAUACAUAGUGAACGCAGAUGGAUCCAGAUUGGUGAUCGCGAAAAAUCGGGUAGCUCCCGUGAAACCCAUGACAUUACCACAGCUCGAACUUAUGGCCGCAGUAGUCGGCGCCAGAUUAGUUCAACACGUACAAGAAUCCUUGAACAUUUCCGACGUCAUCUGCUGGUCCGAUAGCCAGAUUGUGCUUCAUUGGUUAUCAACAUCUAAACCACUGAAACGGUUCGUGCAGAACAGAGUGAUAGAAAUACAAACACUUACUAAAAAUUACCCAUGGCACUAUUGUCCAACAUAUGAUAAUCCUUCAGACCUUCUAACUCGUGGUAUUCCUGCUGACCAGCUCUUACAGAACGACCUAUGGAACAGUGGGCCGUCAUGGAUACAAAACCAGUCCAACUGGCCUGUUUGGAAACCAACAGAGAAUGAAAUGCAGACGACAACAAAAACGCAGACGACAGUUUCGGAUAUCUCGUUGCCCUCCGAUGCCACAAAGAUGAGCGUAGUAUGCAGUAUAAAGUGUAGCACAAAUGAAGGCAUCUAUCAAGUAAUCAACAUAGAGAAAUACAGCAAAUACUUCAAACUGUUACGUGUAACUGCCUACUUAUUACGAUUCAUAAGCAAUUGCCGAAAUACACAGACAAAACUUACCGAUGAAUUAACGACAGCAGAAAUCGAAAGAGCAGAGAUAAGGUGGCUAAAAUGUUGCCAAGAAAGUACUUACCCAGAUGAGAUGUCCAGUUUGAAGUCCAAUACCACCAAAAGAUUACCACUUGUCAAACAAUUGCGUUUAUUCGUAGAUAAAAGCGGUAUUAUUCGUUGUGAAGGACGUAUACAUAACGCGCCAUUAUCCGACGUCACCAAAUUCCCCUAUUUGUUACCGAAGAGACAUCCACUUACACGCCUGAUUGUACUAGACACACAUGAGAACCAGUUACAUGCAGGAACGAACGCUACUGCUACCCAGUUAAGGCAGAAGUACUGGAUCCCAGCUACCAGGCAGUGCGUAAAAUCUAUCCUCAGGAAAUGUACAAUAUGCAGACGAGUACAAGGAAAGCCGUAUAGAGCGCCAGAUCCACCACCAUUACCAAAAGUAAGAGUAGAAGAGUCUCCACCUUUCACUGUGACUGGAGUUGAUUACACAGGUGCGUUAUACGUAAGAGACCAUUCCGGAAGCGUAAUAAAAGUAUAUAUAUGUUUAUUCACAUGUGCCAAUUCUCGAGCCUUACAUUUAGAGGUUGUACCAGACCUGUCCAAAGAGUCAUUCCUACUAGCUUUUAGGCGUUUCGUAAGCCGGAGAUCAGUUCCGAGGGUCAUGAUGUCAGACAAUGCUACAACGUUUACAAGUGCUUCAGAAAGCUUGAAACAUAUUUUCCAGUCAACUCAAGUCAGAGAAACAUUAAGCAGAAAAGGCACAGAAUGGAAAUUCAUUCCCAAACGAGCACCAUGGUAUGGAGGAUGGUGGGAGCGACUAAUAGGUCUCACAAAAAUAGCGCUGAAGAAAGUUGUAGGAUGCUCCCUUGUUACCAUGGAAACACUUCAAACGGUAGUUACGGAGAUCGAAGCCAUGCUGAACGACAGACCGUUAACUCAGAUGUCAUCAAGUGUCGAUGACAUGGACCCACUAACACCGUCACACCUUCUCUACGGCCGGAGACUGACGUCACUUCCGUAUAACACAACUACCUUAGACUUUGAAAAUUCAUCCAAAUUUGACGAACAUUCUGCGGUUACAAAACAGGCAAAAUUACAAUCAAAGCUCCUUGACCAUUUCUGGAAACGGUGGAGAAUGGAGUACUUAACAGCAUUACGUGAAUCUCACCGUAAAUCAGGAACGAAUGAACAGAUGAUAGCCGUGGGUGACGUAGUACAAAUCCACGAUGAAUGUCCACGGAACCAAUGGAAACUAGGCGUUGUUGAGCAGUUAAUUACCGGAAGAGACGAUCGUACCCGAGCUGCUACAAUUAGAACUGCGAACGGAACUACAACCAGACCAAUAGUGAAAUUAUACCCACUAGAAUGUGUGAACUAUAGAAACACUUAA